AUGCUCACCGAUCAUGGAAAGAGCCGAAGAUGUCGGCUCGGUCAUGUGAUCAGCUGUGUCCAAUCAGAGCUGAUCACAUGUACACUGGUCAUCAGGACACUGAUGAUCAGUGUGCCCUGAUGAUCAGUGUAGCCCCAGCAGUGCCACCUGUCAGUGUCCAUCAGUGCCUUGUGUCAGUGCUCAUCAGUGCCAGUGCCACAUCAAUGCCAAAUAUCAGUGCCUACCAGUGCACAUCAAUGUCACAUAUCAGUGCCCAUCUGAGCUGCCUUUCAGUGUCACCUAUCAGUGCCACCUAUCAAUGCCAAUCAGUGCUGCCAAUCAGUGCCGCCUAUCAGUGC